AUGUCUGCAUAUCCAACCUGUCCACCUCAUGUCUUAUUUUCUCCCCCUCGUCGCGGCCUCGUUCGAUAUACACCGACAGAAGGAUUCGAAGCUCUAAGCCCCCUGGCAGACGCACAAGCUCCUCUACAGAGAGUCAAUCGCCUGCCUGGACUCCCCAUCGCCGGAAACGACAUCCCGGACGACAUCUGGCGCCUCAUCGCGACACAUAUCGCGGAAAACAUGAAAAUCAAGUACAUGCUCCCGUUGAUGGCAGUAAACAGGACAUUCUUCGAGUUCAUCCUGGAUUUGAAGUACCACGAGGUGCGGUGGGACAGCGUAGUAGAAGACCGUAAUAUCGAGAAGAUAUUGAGGAGACUCCAGCAUCCUAUCGUAUCUCGACGCGUCCGGAAGCUCUCCGUUCGUGUCGAUGUACUCGAAGGUCUCCUUGGGGCACAAUCAACGUUGAAGAAGCGCUUUUCCACCGCUAGAGCAUUUGGCAGGAGCAAUCUGUUCCAGCAAGACAUUCUCCGUUUGUUCAUGACCGCCGUCAAUGGUAUGACCGGGCUAAUAAGACUCCAUGUCGACAUGCGAUACCCACCCAAUAACAAGAAUACAUUCAUAUUUCUGAAACUCAUUCGAACCGCGUUCAGCAACAACUUACGCAGUCUGGUGUUGCGAGCUCAGCUAUCCACGUUCAAGUUGCUCCUACCAAUUGGCGAUUUCAAGCAUUUAGACGAGUUGGAUUUCAAUUUCGAUUAUACCCUUGCUGAGGACUGCCCCGGCGCGGAUGAAGGGCCGAAAGAAGAUCCAUCUGCGGGGGCUCUUAUGGAGACAGUCGUUCCCUUCAUUUCCAGUCGACGAUCCGCCCUACGAUCACUGACUAUCACCUCUUCCGCGUCUGUCGAUCUCUCCGGUUUCUUCAAUGGCCUCCUCAACUUUGCUGUGCUACGCAGACUCAAACUGAAUAUCAGCCUCAGUGAAUUUCACCUCAGCGAUCCAUCCUCCCUCGUCCGUUUCUUACACAAAAAUUCCAGCUCUCUUCUUCAUGUCGCCAUCGCGAUCAACCCCGAGACGCCUCGACAAGAUUGGGUGAGAGUACAAGAUCUCCUCUGCCUGAUGCCUGAUUGUCUCUCCGACCUCGAGACGCUCGAGAUGCCUUGUCUCUCCCUCGCAAAGACCCUGCCCUUGGUCGGCAGAUCUUGCAAGACUCUCACUAGGCUUCAUCUAUCUGGUGAUUAUCUCCACAAAGCAGAAGCGACGCAACUUAUCGAGAUUUUGCGGCCUCAUCCACUGGGACACCUCUCCUUCGAAGUCCAGGUUGUCGACCAUGCUCUGCUUAAACUUCUAGCAAAAGGCAUGCCGGGCUUGUGUUCGCUUGCUCUCGUCUACGAAGAAGAUAUUGAUCCCAUGCAGUUGAUUCCGUACGACCUUUUGCCCACCACUCGAAAGACCCUUGCGGAAUGGAAGCUCCGUAAUAUUGACCUACGGCAGGUCAAGCGCACAUCACCGCAUGGUUGGCUGUCACCUUUCUCUUACUGCAGCGAGGACCGCGCCAUGAAGCACAUCUCCGCCCAAGUUCCUUCCAUCCGGACUUGGAAGGGAGUUCCAAAGGAGUGGUGUGAUAAUUGA